GUAGGAUGUUUCGCGCCGGAUGGUUUCGAUUGUGACACACAGCGGAAGUGGCGCCAUUGUUGUGUGUCGUGGCUGUGAGCGGCUGUGAGUGUCUUCUCUCGACUCUGCUGAAAUAUUCACUCAUUCAGCUGCGCUAAUCUGUAGACACACUCGAGAUAUUCCACGGCCUGGAUAUGUCCUUCAUAUUUGACUGGAUCUACAGUGGUUUCAGUAGCGUUCUGCAGUUCCUGGGGCUGUACAAGAAGUCUGGCAAAUUAGUAUUCCUCGGUCUGGAUAAUGCUGGCAAGACGACACUACUGCAUAUGCUGAAAGAUGACCGUCUGGGUCAGCACGUGCCCACCUUACACCCCACCUCGGAGGAGCUGACGAUCGCUGGCAUGACCUUCACCACGUUCGAUCUGGGCGGCCACGCUCAGGCUCGACGCGUCUGGAAGAACUACCUCCCAGCCAUCAACGGCAUUGUGUUCCUGGUGGACUGUGCUGACCACAGCAGGCUGGCCGAGUCCAAAACAGAGCUAGACGCACUAAUGACAGAUGAAACCAUUGGAAACGUGCCCAUCUUGAUCCUCGGCAACAAGAUCGACAAACCUGAAGCCAUUAGUGAGGAGAAGCUGCGUGAGAUCUUUGGGCUGUACAGUCAGACGACAGGAAAGGGCAACAUUCCCCUGAAGGAGCUGAACACUCGUCCUCUGGAGGUGUUCAUGUGCAGCGUGCUGAAGAGACAGGGCUACGGCGAGGGCUUCCGCUGGCUCUCUCAGUACAUCGAUUAGAGGAAGAGGAAGAGGAAGCACCGCACUCAUCCCGCCUCCAACCACUCGACUCACAGACUGUUAUCAUUCAGUUCAACUGUUUCUCACAUUAUUUCUUACCAAAACAACAAACCUGCAGCGACUCUGCAAAUGUGGUCAAUUCCAAACAAUGAAUCUUCGCAAGUUUAAUUUACUCUGUAAUUUGAUGUUUGUUUUUUUUGUCCGUUGAUCUAUUUCUGUUCAUCAGUGAAUGAUUCUGUGUGUGUACACCGCUUCGGAGUCAUUUGCGUCACACACUUCAAACAGGAAGUGCUCUGACUUCUCUCCAGUGUUUCGUUUCCUGUCGUCAGGCUUUAAGAAGUCGAGACUGUCUAAUAAUGUGCUGAUCUGUUGAAUUGCAUAUCUGUUUAUUUUUUCCCCCAAAAAUGUAAACAAUUGUACUGCCACAUUCAGAAAUUAAUUUCCAAAGUUACUGUAAACUGAAAUAUAGACCAAUCGUUGUUUUUCUUGUUUAGUAUGAUUUGUAAUUGAAGACAGGCACAGCGAUGAACCUCAGAGUAAUGUGUGGAUAUCAUUACUGACCACAAGUGUGUGAUCGUCUGGACGAGACUUUCUCCCACACAGAUGAUAAUAUUAACUGCUAAUGACCAGUAACAUGAUGAGGACACACACGAGAGCGAGAUGAUGUUCGAUAGCUUACAGCAGAAGUGUACAAGCCAGAGAAAGAAGGACAGCUGUUAAUCGAUCACAUGGAAAAAAUGUAAUUUAUAUAAAUGCUAUAUGGAUUUUUUUUAAAGCUGUCCUUGAAUAGCUCUUAAUUUGAAUAACAUGGAGGAAAAGAGAAAAAAAAACGUUAUGCAUGCCUUGUUCCGUGAUUAUAAUUAAUUUUUAUUAGUGUAUUUUUUUUUUAUAAACACAAAUAACAUAGUGUAAAACAUCUAAACCGGGAUGAGAUGCCAGUCUUCUAGCUCAGUUUCUGUGGAGUCGCAGUGGAAUGGCACAUAAAUGCAUUUUAUUUUCUGUACUGUCCUUCUGUGUAUCAUUGUCAUUCCAUGAGCUGUUCCAUCUACGGCAGAUACAGAUGUUUCCAUCAGAAAUUGUAAUAAAUAUUUGCAAUGAAACCAA